AUGUCGGGCCGGAGCGGGAAGAAGAAAAUGUCCAAGCUGUCCCGUUCAGCCAGGGCCGGUGUCAUCUUCCCCGUGGGGAGGUUGAUGCGUUACCUGAAGAAAGGGACCUUCAAGUACCGGAUCAGCGUGGGUGCUCCCGUCUACAUGGCGGCAGUCAUCGAGUACCUGGCAGGGCUGUCAGCUGUGGUUCCUGGCCUUCUCCGGGCUUCUGUGACCCAGCAGAUCAGCACCGGCCAGGAGUCUGAGGGCCAGAAAGGAGACUUGAAGGCCCGAGAUGAGCAUUUCCAAAUGAUGUCACUGAACCCCAAGCACAUUCGUGAAGAGAUGCCCUCACCUUCCCAACCCCAGGGGACGGUGGCUGCUGGAAUAGACAUGAUGCACAGUAAUCCGCACGCCGUCCUGUGGCUCUCCAAAGACGCUUGA